GAGGCUGGCGAGGCCGCUACCGCUCGCGACACCGGAGGGGGCGCGCUGCAAAGGCGGGCAGCCGAGCCAGGGGAUCCCGGGAGCGCAGUCGGACACCCUCCGGAGGGAAGAAAUGAGGUAGCGACCGUCCCCGGAGCCGACCAUGCGCACGCCCCGCCCUCGGAGCCCGGCGCUGCCCUGGCGGAGCCAGUCCGGACAGUGAGCCGGCGAAGCCCGAGUCCCCGGCGUCCUGCGGGAGAGAAGAUGCAGUGAGCCACGGCGGGACUGCUGCGCUGGGCCCGCGGCGGCCAGCCGGACCCACCAUCUGAGCGCACUUGGGGCAAGCAGCUGAUUCUGGGACCCGCUCAGCCGAGGGGCUCUCUGCCUCCAGCACCCCUUGGGGGUGGGGAGCAACGAACCCUGGGCACACUCGCGGUUGAGUUUCCUCGGUUUCUGGCCCUAGCCCUGGGGAUUGUGUGUGUGAGUGUGAGAGGGGGCCCCUUUUCACCUUCGCCGAGGAGUUCCUGCGUAUUCUCGCACCAUCCCGGCUGCUUUUGCUGCACGCGCGCAUCCCUUUUUUCUAAAGACAUUUUCUGCUCCACUCUCGUGCUUUCUCUCAUUUUUCUUGCCCAAGACUCUUUGCCCUGGUCCUGCCCAGGCUGGGGUAAAUCUGUGUGCUCCUCCCUCCCCCCAUCCCCCUCCUUGCAGCUAAAUCCUCUUUAAAAAAAUUCUACCCGCUACCUCUUUCGGCGGGGUUCUCGAACAUCUCCCCCGCCCGCACUCGCUCCGACUGGGCCACUCCCAGCAGAGUUUUAUUUUUCGGUCUUGCCCCGGCUGGGCCCGGCCGGGGCGGGUGGCUCAACCGGGCUCUCAAUCGGCGCUCCGCCGCCGCCGCCGCCCAGCUGCGCUGGGGCGCCCUCCGGAGAUGCUGCCGUGGAAGAAGCACAAGUUCGAGCUGCUGGCCGAGGCGCCGCCACGGCAGGCGUCCAAACCCAAGGGCUACGCGGUGAGCCUGCACUACUCGGCGCUCAGCUCUCUGGCACGGGCGUGCCCCGAAGGCGCGCUCAGCCGGGUGGGCAGCAUGUUCCGCUCCAAGCGCAAGAAGCUGCACAUCACCAGCGAGGACCCAACUUACACCGUGCUCUACCUGGGCAAUGCCACCACCAUCCAGGCGCGCGGCGACGGCUGCACCGACCUAGCGGUGGGCAAGAUCUGGAGCAAGAGCGAGGCGGGCCGUCAGGGAACCAAGAUGAAGCUGACUGUGAGUGCGCAGGGUAUCCGCAUGGUGCACGCCGAGGAGCGUGCGCUGCGCCGCCCGGGCCACCUCUACCUGCUGCACCGCGUUACCUACUGCGUGGCGGACGCGCGACUGCCCAAGGUCUUCGCCUGGGUGUACCGGCACGAGCUCAAGCACAAGGCGGUAAUGCUGCGCUGCCACGCGGUGCUGGUGUCCAAGCCCGAGAAGGCGCAGGCCAUGGCCCUGCUGCUCUACCAGACGUCAGCCAACGCUCUGGCGGAAUUUAAACGGCUCAAGCGGCGGGACGACGCUCGUCACCAACAGCAGGAGCUGGUGGGCGCGCACACCAUCCCGCUAGUGCCUCUGCGCAAGCUGCUCCUGCACGGACCCUGCUGCUACAAGCCGCCUGUGGAGCGCAGCCGCAGCGCGCCCAAGCUCGGCUCCAUCACCGAGGAUCUGCUUGGCGAACAGCAGGAGCAGGAGCUGCAGGAGGAAGAGAGAGGGGUGCACACGGAGGGCUGCCCGGAGGAGGAGGAGGAGGGGGAUGAGCAGGAGGACCGAGCCGGGGAGGGAGACCCGGCAGAGCAAGAGGCCGAGGCGCAGCGGGCGCUGGUGGUGGCCAUGCACUUCGAAUGCGGGGACUUGCUGGACACGCUGGAGAGUGGCCGCGAAGAGGCGCUGGGGGGCGGCGGGGUCUCGUCGGGCCCUGAGGCCGGGUCGCCGUCUCUGCUGCUGGGCAGCACCUCCGACAUGAAGGCCGAGCUGUCCCAGCUUAUUAAUGAUCUGGGAGAGCUCAGCUUCGGCAACGACGUGCGCAGCCUGCAGGCUGACUUGCGGGUGACGCGCCUACUGUCGGGUGAGAGCACGGGUAGCGAGAGCUCCAUCGAAGGAGGGGGCCCGGAAGCCACCACUACCACCGCCGGCGACCAGUCCGACCCCGCCGACUGCGCCAGCCCAGACAAGCCCCACUCAGGCUGAGCUCCCAGCAAUGUCUUGUGCGCGCCCCUGUUGCCCCAUCGUGACCCUCCCCCCCUCCCGUCUCUCCACCACUUCCUUACCUUCCCGACCCCCCCAAAAAGGGGAAAGGGGACACUUGAGGCCCAGACCCUCCCCCACCCCCAUACGUUUGGCUCUGUUUGAAGCAGGGCUCAGAUUGCACGUGGAGAUAUGGUGGAGGGAAACCCUACAAGGAAGGGGGGGAGAGAGGCAGCCCUCUGGGGUCUGGGGAGGGGAAGGGCAGCUGGUGUUAGCAAAGCCCCGCAGGCCAGUUUCCUGUUUGUGGGCAGCUGGGACCUGAGGAGGAGGGGUUAACUUCCUCCACCAGCCCCCAACUGGGAGCGGCCUGGCGCUGUCACUGACAUGUCAUUAAAAAAAAAAAAAAAAAAAAAAGGAUUUGCUCUCACAAUGUUUGAGGCUUUAGUGCCACCUCCUUGCCCCCAGUCUUUUUGGUGCGAGAGCUUGGGUUGUUUACCUCAGACUCAGACCCUUGAAAUUCUGCCAAAUUCCUCAAAUAACUGGUGGGGAAGGGAGGGGGGGAGAAAGAAAGUUGCAUUUUGUUUACAGUUAAAGACAUCUAAUAUCUAAAAAAGGAGUUUUCCUUUAGAAACACACACACCUUGCUCCCGCUCAAAAGAUCUCACUCCAUGAUACUGUGUAAAAUAUUUUUGCACUGUUGUGAAGUAUUUUUGACAUUUUUUUUUUGUACAUAACUAUGUUCUCAGAGUCCAAUGUUUAUAUCUUUUGCUGUGCAAAAGGGACAUGUAAAAUGUUGUUCAGUUGUAUAUACAGAAAUGUGUAUAAAACAUUUUGUUAUUUUUAAAGAGUAGCACUGCUCUGGUUCUGUUUGCCGGCCAGUGGGGAGAGAAUAAAGAGGAAAAUUUAACAGAACAGGUGAGCGUCUAGACCUGCUUCAGAAAAUGCUUGGCUGUGGGGCUGUGCGGCAGAGGGUGUGACCUAGCUGGGAUGGAGUGGGAGGACAGUCUUUGUUCUUUGCGGGCUUGGAGGUAAUUAGGGAAGGGGAACCCAGUUUAUGCAUAGCCUGGGGCCUUUCUGGUCCUCUGCAGCUCUGGGUGCUGCAGCUGGGACCAUAUUCUUCACUUAUUAUUAGUUGUGUGAGCGUAGGCUUCUUCUGGCUUCUUUGAGGCAAUUCUUGGAGAUGCCGGGUGAGUUCUGUUCCUCGUUGCCAGACCUGUGAGGUUAUUUAGGGAGGGGUGACUUUCAAGGUCUUCUGAGGUUUUACCGCCUCCUUCUGUGGUUCACCUUUUCCUUUCCAGACAGCUCAAGGAGCUUUAGAGAUGUGAAUUAGAGAACUAAGGAAAGUCCCCAUGAUGCUCUCUGAGGAGUGGGAGCAUCUCUGUUUUUCCUGGGAGGAAAGUCAAGGAGAGAGGAAAGUGGAAAGGUUCCAGUCAUGGCUUGAAUGAGUCAUGGUGCACGUGCGGUGGGGUCGGGUCAGGGGCAGGUGGAAGAGCCUAUUUCCUUUCCUUCUACAACCCAGCAUGACCCAGUGGGAGAAUGGUUUGGAGGUCAAGGCAGAGGACUGUUAGAGCUUGGUCUGUGUGUGUGUCUUAGCGUUUUCAUGCUUUCCGGGUGUUUGUUUCUGUUGUAAACUCCAAACAGAUGUCUCUAGUUUGGCUACGCCCGAUCAGCUGGAAGCUGUAAUAAGAUUCUGCCAAAACUGUGCCUUUUGCAAACUAUUUUUUCCCUUUGCCCCUAUGGGCCUCUUUUCCUGUGUUGCAGAAAUUGAUCGCUUGCCUGGUCUUCCCUAGUGUAGUGUCCUGAGGCCCUUGGUUUUGUUUUCAUCAUAAAUAUGUUCUGAGCAGCUAGACCCAGUGA